GAGAGAGACCAAAGAGGAAAUUAAUCAUCAAUCAAUACCAACGAAUGGAGAUUGAAGAAGCGAGUCGUGAAAGUGGACAUGUUGUGUGCGGAUCAUGGAUUCGUCGCCCGAAGAAAGUAAACUGGGUUCUUAUCGCUAAAGCUUCUAAACGCCGUGGCUCAUCUGUUUCUUCUCCUGCUCUUCUCAACAUCUUCUCUUUUGACCCCGUUACUGCUUCUCUCUCCUCCUCUCCUUUGGCAACACACACGCUUAAGGAGAGUGAUGGUGAUCCUGUGACUGUUUCAGUGCAUCCUGGUGGAGAUUACUUUGUUUGCUCAACCUCCAAAGGUGGUUGCAAGUCAUUUGAGAUUGUUGGAGGAGCAACAGGUAUUACGAUCUUAGCCAAAGAACUCCUUCCCCUCCAAAAUGCUGGACUACAAAAGUGUAUGGCCUUCAGCUUUGAUGGGUCUAAAUUAGCUGCUGGGGGAGUGGAUGGAUGUCUCAGAAUUAUGGAGUGGCCAAACCUAAGUGUAAUUUUGGAUGAGCCAAAGGCACACAAAUCCAUCCGGGACAUGGAUUUUAGUCUUGACUCAGAGUUCUUAGCUACAACAUCAACUGAUGGAUCAGCUAGAAUAUGGAAAGCAGAAGAUGGUUUUCCUUUGUCUACUUUGGAACGUAGUGGGGAUGAAAGUAUUGAACUGUGCCGUUUCUCUAAAGAUGGAACAAAACCUUUUUUGUUUUGUGCUGCUCAAAGAGGUGAUACGCCUUUGGUCAAUGUUUAUGACAUUAGUACAUGGAAGAAGCUUGGAUUCAAGAAGUUGUCAAGGAAGACUGCAUCGACAAUGGCAGUGAGCUUGGACGGAAAAUAUAUUGCUUUGGGUGGGAAAGAUGGAGAUGUAUCAGUUGCUGAAGUUAAGACAAUGGAAAUCUACCACUACAGUAAGAGGCUACAUCUUGGUCAAUCCAUUGCUUCACUUGAGUUCUGCCCUAGUGAAAGGGUUAUGCUGACAACUUCGAGUGAAUGGGGUGAGAUGGUGACCAAACUCAGUGUACCAAAGGAGUGGAAAGAGUGGCAGAUAUAUGCACUGUUGUUUUGCUUGUUCAUGGCAUCAGUGAUAGCUGCAUACGUUUUCUUCGAGAACUCAGAUUCGUUUUGGAGGCUACCAAUGGGGAAAGAUCAGAAAAGACCAAAGAUAAGUCUUUUUGGAGGUUCCUCCUCCACGCCUUCUGAGGAUCAUAGUAGGUGGAACUUGGACCUAUAGAAGAGAUUUAUGUAUAAAUUCAUGUGACUCUUUCCUCUGCUUUUUUUUCUUCUUCUUCCAUAUCUUGUUGCAAUGUUUUUUUUCCCUUUCUUCUGAUUUUGCUCUGACAAAUAACUCUUUUGAUUCUGGAAUUAAAAUUCAUUUUACUGU